AUGGAUCUGCUUUCAAGUAUUCGCAAGACCGGUUCAAGAGGAGGCGUCAACUUUAGCUGGGAUGAAGUCGCAAGCUCUUCACAUCGCGAAAACUAUCUCGGCCACAGUCUCAAGGCACCUGUUGGACGCUGGCAAAAAGGUCGCGAUCUCAACUGGUAUGCCAAAGCGGAAGACGAUUCUGGAGAGCCCAAAGAAGAUGGCGAGACCGAGGAGGAGCGUCGAGAGAGAGCGCGAAAGGAAGAGUUGCGCAAAAUCAAGGAGGCCGAGGAGGACGCUAUCGCAAAAGCCCUGGGGCUGCCACCCCCCGUAAGAAACUCUUCCGGUGCGAACGCAGUAGAGGUUGAUCCCAGUAAACGAAAGGUUGGUCCGGAAAGUGGCCCUCCUGAGGAAUCUGGGUACGAGAAGAGGGAGAGCUCAAGACGUCAUGACGAUACCGAGAGGCGAGAACGACGAAGACAUCGAAGUCGCGAGCGCCGCCAUCGACGACAUAGGAGGAGCCGAAGUCGUGACCGUGGUGGAGGCAGGGAACGAGAUGAGGAUAGGCCAAGACACAGACACAGAGAUAGGGAUGGUGACGAGGAAAGUAGCCGUAGCCAUAGACGUCACCGUGAGGGUCAUCGAAGAGGAGCCACGGAGGAAGACGAACGACGCCACAGGGAUAGCAGCAGGGAGCGCCGCCGAUCAAGGUCGAGAGAUAGACGCAGACGCAGUGCCAGUCCGAGGCCUCAUCGUCGAGACUAA